CACUAUCACUAUCAUCAUUACAAUUUCUGCUAUUGCCUCUCAUUUAGGUUUGGUGACUUGGUUGAAGCAAAAAUUGAUCAAAGAGAGGAAAGUUCAGAUAUGUCAGCGCUCUUUAAUUUCCAUUCCUUCUUGACGGUAGUGCUGUUAUGGAUUUGUACAUGCACUUAUGUAAAGAUGCAUUUUCCGGCACUUCUUGAACAAAGAACUGGGUUUCGAGGAUUCUUCUGGAAGGCUGCUAGAAUAGGUGAGCGGCUGAGUCCUUGGAUGGCUGUGGGCUGCUUGACAAUGGGUGUUUCAAUAAUCUUCUUCUAAACUCAAACAGUUGCUUAUAACAAAAAAGAGCUAAUUUUUCUGCAUCAAAAUGCCUUCUUUGAUCAAACUUGAGCACUGAAUCAUUGUCACACUACUUUGAUUUGGAACUAAGCUUUUGCUUGUAAGAUUGUCUUUGUUAUGAGGAGGGUCGAUGUUAUCGAUUCUGGCUUUUGUAACACACUCUACAGUCCCCACUUGAUACCUUUUUGUUUAUGAUCGUGGUGUCUGAGUCAGUUUUUGCGCAUCUCGAGUCCUCAACUAAUUCCAUGAAUGUCUGCCA